AUGGCUCUUUUAGUUAAGUUAAAACAAAAAUGUAUUGAUUUAGAAGAUUAAGAUUCAUGCUGUUCUGAAUUAAGAAAUACGCACAAGUAAUUAACUAUAUAGGAUUCUGAUUAGAUUGACAUACAAUUAGAGAGUAAAUCAUUAAAGUCUAAUGGCAUAAAUCAGCAAUAAAAUGAUACUUUCAAAGGCAGCAUAAAAUAAGAAAACUAUUUGAACUCUUAGAUUCAAUCUGAAAAGGAGAACUUGCAAAAUUAAGGAGAGGUGAUUAAUGGGAUACAUAGAGUUUAAUCACAUUAAUAUCAAGAUAAGCUGAAAAACAUUAAUGACUAGGGGGAUGUGUCUGAGUAAUUAGAUCUAGAUAUUGAUUUAUCUUAGUAGCAAUUGAAGGUUGAUAUAUAAGAAUGUAAUAAAUAGAUCAAAUAUAAUUACUACUUAAAGAACGACCCAAAGUUAAAUAAAUAAAGAAGAUAUAGACUUUUAGAGUCUAUUUGUUCAGCUAAAAUAGAAACUAAUUUCUUUUGCUGGAGAUCAAAAAAUAACGAUACUGAUUAGCUUUCACUUUAAAGUCUAUUGUAUCUCAACCAAAUAAAAAGCUUACUAUGCUUAUUUUUUAUACUUUUUAUUUUGAGUUUACCAACAUUUUAUAUUUGUGCAAAAAUUAGUAAAGACCUACAUUAUGAAUAUAUUAAUGAUUUCUAAUCGUUCUUUCUUUACCCAACAAUAGCAGGUAUCGGUUACAAAUUUUGGUAAUGUGACAUGUUUAUUGCUAAUAAAACAUCAGAUUAGACAAUUGAUUUAAAGUGCUCUUAAGGUAUUUUAGAUUUUAAGUUUGCUCAAAUAGGAUUAACAAAUCCUGAUGACACCUAGAGUAUUUAAGGUUGUGAAUUUAUCGAAUUGUAAAAAGUUUAAGUAGACUGCUUGAAAAUUGAUAUAAAUAAUUCAACAUCCUAUAAUAACAUUUAUAAUAGAUGCUAGUAUAAAAAUGCUUGCUAGAUAAGCUCGAUUGAGAUUUUAACCUUCUUUAAAGAUGAUACAGAUUGCGAUAAUAAUAUUUAAUAACAAAAUAUGUUUAUCUCUGUUCCUUGUAGAAAUUAAAAUGUGGAUAUUUUUGGAAUUCCAAUAUCUAAUUACCACGCAUCAAUUACAAUUAUUCUAUUACAGACUUUUGGAAUAAUACUUUUUUUGUUAUUCUUCUUACAUCAGUGUUUUAUCAAUAAGACGAUUAGGAAAAGAAUAAAAAAUAAAAUUGCAUUGGUUUAAAAGCAUUCUCUAGAAGUUUAAAAUAUUCCUAAAAUGCAUUUUAAUUGGACUCAAGAACUACUCUGGUUGCAUUUAUAAAGAGGUUUGAAUGAAUAUACUUAAUAAAAAUAAGAGCAAGAAAUUAAAAUAAUAGACAUCUAAAUGGCUCUUCCUGAAUGCUUAAUUUAAAGAGACUUAAUUCUUAAAUAAUAAAUAGAAAAAAUAUAAAAUAAAGUUAUUAGAUUCAUAAACUAAUAUGAUCCAGAUAGCUUCAAAUUAGGGUAAGGAAUCAAUAGAAUAUAAAUAGAUUAGCUGAGAAAAAUAUUUGAUUUUGUUAGCAAUCCUAAAACUAAGAAAAAAUGUUAUAAAGAUUUAAUGGAUAUUGUGAAUAGCAAAUAAAAAAUUGAGAAACUUAAAGAACAAAUUAAAUGUCUUGAUAAUAGUUAAACCUGUAAGUCCAGAUGUAUUAAUUUGGAAAAACCUCUUUGUUGGAAUAAUCAGUUAAUCAUUACAUUCCCUAAUAUAUACCUUGGUACUAUUAAUUUUCAUCAUAUUCAAAAAGUGUUUAAUAUGAUUUCUCCAACAGUAAAUUGCUAUGAAUACAGAUCAGUUAAUUAAAGUGUAUUAUCUUAAGAUCCUUAAGAUUUAGACUAAGUGUAUUGUUUUUGUUCAACCAAUGCAUUUUCAGAUGAAUAAAUUUGUUUAUAAAUUUUCUAAAUGGCUUAAUUGAAAAAGUUAUAUCCUUUUUUUAUAAUGCUUAUAUUAAACAUAGCGCAGGUCUUAUUAGUCAAAUUAACUAAAUAUUGUGUCAAAAAAUUAAAGCUAUAGAAUAAAAUUGAAAAAGAUGUUCUGCUGUUUUAGUUAUUAGUUUUUAUCAAAAUACUAAAUAAUGUAGUAUUGUAUUACUUGAUAAAUAAAUUACCAUUAAACUAAGGUAAAACUUAAAAUAAUAGUUUUGGUAAUUAUGUAGAUUUUUCACCUGAGUGGUACAGGAAUGUUGGAAUGUUCUUUUGUAUUCACUAUCUUAUAAAAAUAUGUCUUUAUAUUAUUUAAAACAUUACCUAAAUAAUUUAUAGAAAGAUUAGAUUGCACAUAGAUCAUAAGUGCAAAAAGAAAAAAGCUCAGACUUAUUAAAAAACAAAUUUUGAUUAUAUACACCUCCAUUAAGGACCUGAAUUUUAAAUUGCUUGCUCUUACUCUGAAGUUUUCGAAUAUAUAUUCGUUACAAUGGUAUUAGGAUUUGGAAUACCGUUUUUCUAUUUCAUUACAUUUCUUUUCUUGGUGUUUCACAUAUACUUUGAAAAAUAUUACAGCAUUGUAGGAAAGAAUCAUAUUAGUACAAUAGUUAAAUCUCUUAAAAUUUCAUGGUAAAAUACUGAUGCUAAUAACUCUUAAGUUAAUGACUAAUAAGAUUAAGAUAAUGCAAUUCCUAUUUUUAACCCUUAGAACUUCUAACCAGAAGGCUCAUAUUUUAUAAAAAUAAGCACUUACACUUAUUUAAUUUUAUUUCUAUGCUUUUAUUUUAGAGAAAAAAUUAUAAGUAUGUAUUAAUACCUAAGCUACAUUAGCAAAUAUGAUGCUAAGCGUAAGGCUUUCAAUAAUGACUCUUAAAUAAAAAAAUUACCUUUUAACUAUAAACCUCUCUAUCAACUUUAUUCAAUAAGAUAGUUGCAAGAGCUUUCAUAACUUUAAGAAUAUUAUAUUGAAAAAGAGGUUUCUGAUAUAAGAAAAUAAAGAUUUAUAAAUAAGAAAAAAGAAAUUGACUAAGUAAUAAAAAGCAAACUUGAUGAAAACUUAGAUUUAGAUUAUUCAGAAAAACCUGUGAGUGGAUGUUUAAGUUAUGAUAUUAUGGUCAACCCAAAUUAUAGCAGGUAUUUCGAUUGGAAAACUGACUUGAUUAUUUUUAAAAUGAAUAAAGUAAAAAAAGAAGAAAUAUGUAGUAAAUUAACUCAAAGUGUUGCAGUAAAAAAAUAAAUUUAAGGAGUCUAGAAUAAAUAGAGCGCUUUUCGAGUUAUUUAGUAAUUCAAAAGACAAAUAAAUAGUAGAUAUUAAUCUUUUAAAGAUUCUAAAAAAAAUGAAACAACCAAUUAUACAGAAGAUAAUUUAAAUCAAAUAAAAUUAGUUAGUAAGAGUGAAAAUGAUAAGCAAUAAUAAGAAAAAUAAUAGAAUUAGAUUAAAAAUCAUAAUGGGGAUUUAACAUUUUAAGGUAUUAAAGAUAUCCAAAAUGAAAUAAUUGAUAUUUAAAUAUUAUCUUCAGAAGAUCUAGUUAAUAGUAUAAAAAGAAUCGAUCAUCACAAUACUGUCCCAUAAUUCUAUUAAUUUUUUUAAAAAAAUUUGACUUUGCUUUAGGCUAAUGAAUUAAAUGUAAAUAAACCUAAUUGA